GUUUUUAGUGCGCAGGCGCAUGUUGCGCUUGUGGGCUGACCGCUGCCGGCGUCUGGAUCGGGGCCGGGGAAAUAAAUGGUAAUGCGGUGGUGCCUGAAAGCUGGAGAGCCACAAAUAUCGACCUAACCAUAAAUAAUAAAAAUAUAAGAAGGACAGCAGCCGGCGUUAUAGAUUUGAGAGAGAGGGAGAGAAAUCGGGUCGGUGAAGAGACUUGACAAGCGGGGAAUAUUCCAGAAGGAGGAAAAAGAAAAUCCACCCCCCCACCCCCCGCCAAGGCGAAGCGGCGAUUGAGAUGUUGGUUGUGUCGGGCCAGCAGCUCCCGGAGGGCCCGGUUUAAAACAGGUUUUAAAGGGGGAGGAAGGAAAACCAAGUCUCAGCCUCUGACCCCCCCACCCCCGGCCGGCACCGCUGCUGUGAAGAUGUGGCUCAAACUGUUCUUCUUGCUCCUCUAUUUCCUCGUCCUCUUCGUGCUGGCUCGCUUUUUCGAAGCCAUCGUCUGGUAUGAGACCGGGGUGUUCGCCACGCAGUUGGUGGACCCCGUGGCCCUCAGCUUCAAGAAGCUCCGCACCAUCCUGGAGUGCAGGGGGAUCUGCUACGCCGGCCUGCCCGAGAAGAAAGAUGUGCGGGAGCUGGUGCAGAAAUCAGGUGAUUUGAUGGAGGGUGAGCUUUAUUCUGCACUCCGGGAGGAGGAAGCAUCGGAAUCUACCUCCAGCACCAACUUCAGUGGCGAGAUGCAUUUCUACGAACAAGUGGAAGACACUAAAGAUGGGAUAUGGCUGGUCCAAGUCACAGAAUGGUCAUUAAAAAUAAGAAAGGAAAUGAGAGUGAUUGACAGACAAAUCCGAGAUAUUCAAAGAGAAGAGGAAAAAGUCAAGAGAUCAGUGAAAGAUGCUGCAAAAAAAGGCCAAAAGGAUGUGUGCACUAUAUUAGCUAAAGAAAUUGUGCGAUCAAGAAAGGCCGUCAGCAAGCUGUAUGCAUCAAAAGCCCAAAUGAACUCCGUCCUUAUGAGCAUGAAGAACCAAUUAGCCAUAGCAAGAGUCACUGGUUCCUUAGAGAAGAGCACAGAGGUGAUGAAAGCCAUGCAGAAUUUAGUAAAAAUCCCUGAAAUUCAAGCCACCAUGAGAGAUCUGUCCAAAGAAAUGAUGAAGGCAGGGAUUAUUGAGGAGAUGCUAGAGGAUACUUUUGAAAGUAUGGAAGAUGAGGAAGAAAUGGAAGAAGCAGCAGAGAUGGAAAUCGAUAAGAUACUUUUUGAGGUUACUGCAGGUGCUCUUGGGAAAGCUCCCAGCAAAGUCACAGAUGCUCUUCCAGAGCCAGAGGUUGAAGGGGCUGCAGCUGCAUCUGAUGAGGGUGAGGCAGAGGAAGAUAUUGAAGAGAUGCAGUCACGGCUGGCUGCCCUUCGAAGUUGAUCUGUGUAAAUAACUCGGCUGUACAGUUCCCACUUCACAAUUUUACUCCAUAGCGACAUCAUUCUGUUGCAUUCAAUAGAUUACCCCUCCUUUCUGUUCAAUGUAAUUUUGUUUUUCCAAAUACCAAAGUAAAUAUUUCCUAUCUUUAUGAAAGGUAGAUGUGGUUAAAUUUGUACAGAUGGAGAAAGUUUCCCAAGAAAAACAAAAAUUGCACUUGUGAACAUUAUUCCUCUCUUUACGUUAAAUCAGCUAUGUCUAGCCAACAUACCAGUUUAUCAUUCAGCAUAAUAAUUUCAGCACUUUAAUGUUAAUUUCUUAUGGUGUAAAGAGUACUUUCCGGGCAUAUAAUGGCGUUUGGGGUCCCUGUUCCUGUACUUUAAUCUUUGUCAAGAGCAUAUGAUUGUGGCAUGUUUAUAUCUUAUCAUUAGCAAACCAGCCUAUACUUUCAAGCUUUUUUACAUGAAUAACAUAUGUAAAGACAUUUUUUCUGUGGCCUUAUUUAAUUACAACAGUCCAUCAACAUUCUUUUUUUUAAAAAUCUCACCAUUAUUAAUGGCUGCUUGUAGGAAAUAUUCAAAAUGCAACUUGGGCAUAAUUAUAUUUUUGAGUUACAAAAAAGUUCGACAUCUGAUGUAGUCAUCUGUACAGGGCUUAUGUUUUACUUUAAAUCAAGUCUCUUUAUAAACUGUGGGCAGCUAAUGUUCAUUAUUGCUAUCCUUUGCUUUAAUGGCACUGUGGAGGUGUCAUGAGUGUUAAUUCACACGGGGUUUAGGGAUUAUUUUGAGUUAUUUGCCUUAGUCUUUGAUCACUGCAAUUUCUUUAAAGCUGUUGUCAAACAGCCCCAAGUAAUUCUGGAAAAACAAAAUACUGUAGAUAAUGGAAUGAAUGAUAAACAGAAAAUGCUGGAAAUACUCAGCAGGUCUGGCAGCAACCCUGGGGAGAAAAACAGAGGUAAUGUUUCGGGUUCAUUACCUUUCAUCAGAACAGGCUUUGUGUUGGGUUUUAAAUAGGAGAUAGGCCAUUACUGAUGUAACACUAAUCUCAUUGGUGAGUAAGUCCUUUACAAAUGGUAUUAUAUAUUUUUAGUCAUUUAGCAUUUUCAAAUGUUUUUUCCCUCCCCAGAAGUUGUGGACAAUGUAUGCGCUUUUUUUUUGUUGUGUGCAGUUGAUUUGUUUAAGUGUGCGAGUCCUUUGUUGUUUUUUGCACAUCUGGGAGGGAACAUUGGUUACAGAAUCUUUGUAGGUAACUUGUAGGGAACUGAGUUCCCUAUCAUAAGAUACUGAUAUACAAGUGCAACUGUGGGUUUGUUCAGCUUGAGGAAUGAAAGCAAAUGGAGCUUUUCAUGACCUCUGGAAAUCUCAUUUUACAACCAAUUAAGUACUUUUUGAUGAAUAAUCAUAAUAUUGGAAUAGUUAUAGAGUCACUCUUUUUACCCUGUGGAGCACCGUUUUUUUAGAACCAUUUAUUAACUGGCUGAUUUGCUUUGAUAUGUAUUUAUGAAUGGAUUGUGGUUUUUGGAUUUGGUUUAGCAGAUUGUAGAGACAUUUCUCAUUGGCAUGGAUUCUCAAAAUUGAACAGGAAUUUUGGCUUGAGCUCUAUUUUGGAUCAUUUGCUGUAUUUUAAUUUAAUUUCAUUAGUGGUUAAUAUCUAAUUUACUGGGGGCUGCAUAAUUACAUAGAAGCAUCAGUUGAACUGUAUCAUCUGUUUUUGACAGAAUGAGUCAGAUGCCUCUUUCUUCAUGUUGAAGUAAAACUGAAGCAGGAUUGACUGCAGUGACACACUUUUGGCGGGCAUUCCAAAUUACGUUAGAAGUGUGAAUUCAUUACACAGGUUAUAUUGCAGUUUAGCACUGUCACUAAUUUUAUCCUAAUUAUGCAGUAUCUUGAUCCAAAUAAACAUUUAGAGAUGGAGGCAAAGGAAAUGAGGAAUGAUCCAGCUCAUAUCUGCCCAAAUGGUUGUGUGACUCAUUGGAAUCAUAUAGCUUAUUGACAUUUUCUGUGAUGUAAAAGAUUCAUAACCUCUGAAGCAACUUAAUAAAGGAUUUGGUUUAUACAUA